GUAUCUUAAAACCAGGAUACAAACCUCAUAGACGUAAAUAUCAAAAAUAUCUGAUGAUUAAUAAAACCAGCUGAUUAUCAAAAACGGAAGUAAGAAUAAAGAAAUGAUGGACCCAACCCUAUUUACUCAGUUUAUAUUAAUCAUGUUGUUCAGCAGCGUUUUCUGUUUAGGAAUAACAAGAAGUAAUUUGAGCAAUUUAAAACUGACUUUUCCAUGUGGGAAAUUUUACACAAAAGGAAAGUUACACAUUGAGUGUUCACAUAAAAACCUGACAAACAUCCCUGAUUUACCACCAGAAGCUGUUUACAUUGAUUUAGAGAGUAACUUAAUCAAGGAGAUACCAAAUGCAACAUUUGAACAUUUGAAAUAUUUGACUUUUUUGGAUAUAUCAUUCAACAGAUUAACAUCUAUCAACAGACAAUCAUUUGUUGGAAUUCAAAAUCUGCAGCACCUUAAACUCAAUAAUAACGGUAUUGUUUCAAUACAAAACAAUACAUUUGAUGGAAUGACCAGUCUAACAGUUUUGGAUCUAUCAAACAACAACAUUCUCUCAAAGAUAAGCAAGCAUUUUUUUAAAUCUGAGGCAUCUUAAACUUGAUAGAAGUCCAUUUAUGACCAGCAAAGCCCGAGAAAUAGCCAAUAAUACUUUUGAAUAUUUGAUUAAUCUUUCCGUACUGGAUUUAUCAUUCAACUAUUUGGAAUCAAUAAAUGAACAGACAUUUACAGGACUAGAAAACCUUCAGUAUCUCAACCUUAACAAAAACAAACUGAGUUAUAAUACUCGGCAAGUUCCUCCUGGAUGUUUUAAACCUCUUAAAUCACUCAUACGGUUGUCUAUUCAAAACAACAAUAUGUAUUCCUAUCCCCGUAUUUGCAUUUUUCCAGAUUUGACAAUUGCUCAUUUAGUUAAUCUCGAAAAAAUAGAACUUGAUGUUGAUGUUGGAAGGCGUGUUUUCAAAAAUGUACAAUGCCUGGGACCAGGUUAUGCUUCACUUCAAAACUUACACUCAUUAAAGUUUGAUACGUGUGGCCGUCUAUCUCUUUUCAACGAUUCCUUCGAACACACACCUCAUUUAACUCAUAUAUAUAUACAAAAAUGUGCCGUAACUUACGUUAAAUCUGGUGCAUUUUCUCGACUGUCAAAGUUAAAAGUAUUAAAACUAGACCUUUGUGGUUCUUCUGAAUACAAACUUAACCAGUUUAUGAUGGUUGAUAUGGUUUCGAGUUUGGCAAUGACACAAAUCGAGGUUUUAGACAUGAAAGAUGUUUGGGAAACAGCUCGAACUGAGAAUACUUUUCCGUGGGAAGAAAUUAAUGCAAUGUUGUUAAACACGUCUAUACAUGAACUACGUUUUACAAACAAUUUCAAUGUAGUAUUUCCAACUAGAAAAUCAGUUCCAUCACCGCAAAGUCUUCAAAUACUCAAUCUUAGUAUGAAUGCCUUAAAUGAAAUAUUGUUGAAUCUAACACAUGUUAAAUUCCUCCACCUACUAGGUAAUGCACUUGGUAAAUACCUAGGAAAUAAUAGCUACAUGAUAAAAGGUGAAACUAAACUUGAAUAUGUAUGUCUAGCUAACAAUUCAAUUUCAAAUCUUAAUUCUAAAAGACCAACCGUAUCUACAAAUUAUUGACCUAAGUUAUAACAGCCUGAAAGAGGUCAAUUUUGACCUGUCACAUUUGAUAAAGUUGCAUAUUUUGAACCUAACAUUCAAUUCAAUAAAUCAUUUAGACCACAAGUCCUUUACAAACUUAGACAGAAUUCUAAAGAAAAGCGACAACAUUUUACAAAUUGAUCUAAGUUUCAACCCGGUUCAUUGUAACUCCUAUACACUUUCAUUUUUACAAUGGAUGCAACGUAGGCGAGAACAUUUCAUAAACUUUUCUCACUUAAGAUGUCAAUACCUGAAUGGGAGCAAUUCACCCUCGAAUUCAUUUGAAGAUGUAGUACUAUACAUUGAGAGUGAAUGUAUGGAUUAUUUAUAUUUAAUCGUAAUCGCGGCUAUUGCUGUUUUGAUAUUUAUAGCAAUUUUAUUAAC